CUUCGGUGCAUCCUCACUGAUGUUUACAGCCAGUGUCAACCAAGUGCGAAAGAACUUUCUGGGUGGAUCGAGUUGUGACCAUUUUUCAAGCAUUAGGGUUUCAAUGGUGUGAAGCACCCACUAAAAAACAUGCUGGAUCUACGAUCAACCCAACAAUGUGAAAAACCCGGUGUCUCCAACAAAUUCCAUGAUGGACUCGGUUAUGACAACAACAACCGCAAUAAGUCAUAAGGGAAGGCUCAAGGCGAUGCAUUGACAAGAAAAACGUUCAGCAUUAAGACGACGAUCAUUCACGCUUCCCUCGAACUCCUCGAUUUGCACAUCCGACGCCAUUUGUCUGCGUCACUUCCAAGCCUCUGUUUGAUCCAAUCUUUCUCUAUGCAAUGCGUGUGGACAAGCAUUACCUUGUCCACAACGUCUUUGGAUUCCGAAGACCGGACGCAUACAUCCAUACACACGUACGAUCUGCCGACAUACCAUUGAAUUACAAUAGCCGAGCAUCGUGGACCGCCUUUUUCGAGCUCCUGGCGUAUCUUGUUACCUGUCUGAAAGAACAGAGGCUGUUACUUGGAAACCGUCACCCAAGAAAGUACUGGCCUUCUUCCCGUCGGUGAUGAUGAUCUUGGCAUGAAUAUCUUGCCAGGAAUUAUUCAACCAAUAUUCCAAGCUAGGAUCACAAAGGACACA